AUGUCGCUAAAACCUGACCCAGUUGUGAUAUCCAUCGAAGAAAACACCUCAAAUGUUACCGUCGGCUCAACCAAUCGCCAAACCCAAGAUUCCCCCUUCUCAAGAUCCCCAAACAACUCCACAGAUACCUCCACGUCAACUAUGGAUACCGAAGAAGUGAUCGACGUAUCUACAAAUGUGGCUGCCAUGAUAGCCCCACAGGCAGCCAUCUCUAACGAGAGCAGCCAGUAUAACAGCCAGAGUCAAAACGAUGAUACCACAACGUUGCCUAAUGCCAAGGAGGUCGUUGCAGGAUACCGACAACUGACACCCCAGACAGCUGCAGAUUACACAUACAUGAUGGGGUGGGUGGGUGCAGGAGUCUCUGGCCCAGUGGCCCUACAUGGAGCCCAAUAUGAGGGACGCAAGCGAAGUUUCUCCAAAGUGGACAACGGCCUUGAGCUAUACAUGGCUUCACAUGAGAUUAGUGACCAAAUUGAAACGGAGUCAUCACGCUCUGAAUCUCCUGAACAAAUUGAUGGAGGUGAGAUCCGAAACAAGUUCAUUCCAAGCGCUAUUGGUCCCUUCAACCCUGUAUUCGAUACCUCGUCCCCUCGGAUGCCGGUUUUUGAGACACCAACACUCACUCCGUUGACACCUCAACAGGCAGAAAUGGAGAGUAAGCAUAUCCCACGACGACUAAAUCGUGGAAGAUCCCAUCAUGGAUACGUUCCAGGAGCUGUUCAUCCCUAUUCUAGAGCUCCAAUUGCUGGACAGACCCGAGAAAGAUCACCCACACCCGAUUUUGAUACUGCCAGACCCCAAACAGAUGCCCCGAUAACGAAAGGGGAAACAAAGAACUGGUGGGACCAGUUUUUGUACACCUGGUGUUGCUGGCCCGAAGGUGACGACCUAUGA